UACUCAGGUAGGUAACCUAUAAACUUACCGGACCUUAAGUGUAUCUUCAAAAAGAACAUUUUCAAGGUAAACUUUACAGAUUUAUUAAGUUCUGUAAUCUUAGUAAUACUUUGUCUAAGUCAACAUGCCACUUCCAGCUGCUCUUGCAGCUAAACUAGCUAAGCGUGGCUUAGUCACUCCAAAUACUCCACAAGAGAAAUCUGAUGAAAACUCUAAAACUGAUCAGAAUUCAAAAUCUGUGUUGAAAUCAGAUAACACCAGAUUGGAAGAGGAAGAAGAGGUGAUUGCUGAAAACUAUGAUGACCAGGUAGAAAACCAAGAGCCCAAUAAAAUGGCUCACAAAAUCCUUACAAAUUUCAGCGAUGACAGUAAUGAUUCGUUUUUGGAUAGUUCGGCCAGGAAGUUUAAAGGAUAUAUAUAUUGCCCAAAUAAAAACAACAUAUUCCAUGACUGCACAAAGUUUUGUGAAGAUAGUUGGGAAAAGCGAGAACCAAAUCCUAAAUAUAUGAGGAGAAGAAAAAAGAUGUUAGCUAAAUAUCCACUACCGAGCCAUUGGAAGGAGGUCUAUGAUGCAGGAAUUGGACAUUAUUAUUACUGGGAAGUUGAUAGUGAUUCAGUUUCAUGGCUGCCGCCAUCCCAUCCUAAAGCUGUAAUCACAGAACCAGCUGCAAUUUGUCGCCAGCAGAGAGAUUUGGUAUCUGACUCGGAAGACAAUGACUCCGAUGAGAAAAGUGAUAAAAGCGAAUCAACUGAUGAAGAAAGUGAUGAUGAGGCUGAACGUAAGAGAGAGGUAAAAAGGAGGAAGCUGGAAGAAUUGGAAAAAUCAAGAGCUAAAGGGAGAAAUAAACUGAAAGUAAACAACAUCGACCCAAUGGACCCAGCUGCUUACUCAGAUUGUCCGAGGGGAGGAUGGUCUGACGGUCUUAACAAAGGGAAUGAAGCUAAAACUGGUGUUGACACAACCGCUGCAGGAUCACUUUACCAGAUGCGCCCUUAUCCAAGCCCAGGCUCAGUGUUGCGAGCCAAUAAGUCGUCAAAUCCAGAAACUCCGCUAAAGUCUGAUAAACCAGCUGUAAACAAACCAGAAAAACCUAAGAAACCGUAAUCUUCUAAGAGCCUCCUUUUGAGCUAACAGAGUUUGUAUUUGCAUCUAAUUUAGUUGGUAUUAAAAAAAGGAAGAUUAUUUAGCCUGCCUUGCACUCUAACUUCUAGGCCUAAUUUGAGAAAUUUAAGUACCUUUCUGUUACUAAAUUCUAGGCCUAUUUAGGCUUAAGUAAGUAAGAGGCCAACACAUUUUAAACUCUAUGUACUGUACAGCACAUAUUUUGAGCCUUAAUCGUAAAUUGUUUAAACUAUUGCCAAUUCAGUUUGAUUUGUCUGUUUAUUUAACCUUUUUGUACACAUUUUUGUCUCAAUAUUUUACUCAUUGUUAUGCUAUUAUUUUAACUAUGGGUUAUCCCAAAACAUUUUAAUAAUUCUUAAACUGUCAGUUGUAUUAAAGUACCAAAAAUGAUAAGUCAAAUGCACAUUAAAUACACCCUUAAAAAUAUUUGCUUAAAAGUUGUUCAAAAACUAUAUAAAGAAUUUAUACAGUUUCCAGUUCAAUUUAAAGAAGAAAGUAGUAGUGAAAGAAUCUGCAAGUUUUUUUCCGUUUUUCAUAUAUAGCCUAUUUAAAACUGAAAAUAAAGCACAUAUUUACCAUUCAACUUUUAUUAAUUUU